AUGGCGCCGACAGGCGGUGCCGCGCUGAAUGGCGGCGGUGGAGGAGGGAAUAUCAAAGUUGUUGUCCGAGUGCGACCUUUCAACAAUCGUGAAAUCGAACGCAAUGCAAAAUGCAUUGUCCAUAUGCAAGGGGAUCAAACCAUUCUCCAUCACCCGGGUGAAGGCGACGAUCGCUCACGAAAAGGGGGCAAAGGGAGUGCGGAGCAUCAAAGGACAUUCAAGUUUGACAAGUCAUAUUGGUCUUUCAACAAAGCAGACCCAAACUAUGCUGGGCAAGAGAACGUCUUCCAUGAUCUGGGGGUCCCGCUGCUGGAUAAUGCAUUCCAAGGUUAUAACAAUUGCAUUUUCGCAUAUGGCCAAACCGGCUCAGGAAAGUCGUAUAGUAUGAUGGGUUAUGGUGAAGAGGCGGGUGUGAUUCCGAGGAUAUGUCGAGAAAUGUUCGAGAGAAUCAAUGGCUUGCAGGCCGAUCCGAAUCUCACUUGCACUGUCGAGGUCUCCUACCUCGAAAUCUACAAUGAGCGCGUCCGCGAUCUGUUGAAUCCGGCCACCAAGGGGAAUCUCCGAGUUCGAGAACAUCCAUCCACCGGCCCCUAUGUGGAGGAUUUGGCCAAGCUAGCCGUCCGUUCGUUCCAAGAGAUUGAGAACCUGAUGGACGAAGGAAACAAAGCGCGAACAGUUGCAGCAACAAACAUGAACGAAACGUCCAGCCGCUCACAUGCAGUCUUCACGUUGACACUGACUCAGAAACGACAUGAUGUGGAAACCUCCAUGGAUACUGAGAAAGUGGCGAAGAUCAGUCUGGUCGACCUGGCAGGUUCCGAGCGUGCAACUUCAACAGGAGCCACAGGCGCUCGCCUUAAGGAGGGCGCCGAGAUCAAUCGAUCACUUUCAACUCUCGGCCGUGUCAUAGCGGCGUUGGCUGACCUGUCUUCCGGCAAGAAAGGGUUGAAAGUACCUUACCGAGACUCAGUACUUACCUGGUUGCUCAAAGAUUCACUCGGUGGUAACAGCAUGACAGCCAUGAUUGCCGCGAUAUCGCCAGCAGACAUCAACUUCGAAGAGACGUUAAGCACUCUGCGGUACGCGGAUUCGGCGAAGAGGAUCAAGAACCACGCAGUGAUCAACGAAGACCCGAACGCAAGAAUGAUUCGAGAGCUGAAAGAAGAGCUUGCGAAAUUGAGAAGUCAGCUGGGAGGAGCUGCUUCUGCUGGUGGUGCAGAAGAAACGAUUUAUCCUCCAGACACUCCCCUCGAUAAGCAGAUGGUUUCCAUUGUGCAAACUGACGGAUCGGUCAAACGGGUCAGCAAAGCUGAAAUCAUGGAACAACUGAGUCAGAGCGAGAAACUUUACCAAGAUCUCAACCAGACCUGGGAGGAGAAGUUGCAAAAGACAGAACAGAUUCACAAGGAAAGGGAGGCCGCACUCGAAGAGCUGGGAAUCAGCAUCGAGAAAGGCAACGUGGGAAUGAGCACUCCGAAGAAGAUGCCGCAUCUGGUCAACCUUAGCGACGACCCACUGCUUGCGGAAUGUCUGGUAUAUAACCUCAAGCCAGGCAUUACCACUGUCGGCAAUGUCGACUCCCAGGAAGCCUCCGAAAUCAGGCUUAAUGGUUCGAAGAUUUUGGAUCAUCACUGCAAACUGGAAAACGUCGACAAUGUGGUUACCAUCAUUCCCAAUGAGGGGGCCGCCGUCAUGGUCAACGGCGUGCGUGUUGACAAACCCAGACGGCUGAAGAGUGGAAAUCGUAUCAUCCUUGGAGAUUUUCACAUCUUCCGGUUCAACAACCCCUUAGAGGCCAAAGCUGAACGCGCCGAAAGGAGCCUACUCAGGCAUUCCGUAACAGCAAGUCAACUGAGCCCUCCCUCGCCUCUCCGCCCGAGCCAUGAAAGAUCCUGGAGCGCUGCAGGAUCCGAAUUCGAUGAUUCUAGCAGAGCCCAAUCUCCAGGACUGAGUAGUAACAGAGAUUCCGACUGGUUUUUCGCUCGGCGAGAAGCCGCCGGGGCCCUGCUUGGGUCCGACCCGAAGAUCAUGCAGUUAACGGAUGAGGAGCUGGACAGUCUCUUUGAGAACAUACAACGAGCGCGCGAUGAGCGCCGCGGACGUCCGGAGCAUAAACUCUAUGAGCACGAUGACGACUCGGACGAUUUGAGUUCCUUCCUGGUAAGGGACAAAUAUAUGUCCAACGGCACAGUAGGCAACUUUUCACUCGACACUGCGCUCACAUUGCCAGAGACUCCCUCCACGGCCGAUGGUUCACAGGACGACGGGGAUCCCACCUUGACUCCUGGGCAGUUUGAUCAAGCCGGCCUGACGCAAGAUUCGUCCAAGUCUGGGCCAUCUGGCGCUGGUGUGCUUCCGUCUAAGCAGGUUGAACAAGAAGACCACGCCAUCCAGAUACAGCAGGAGUUGGAACGGACUAAACAGGAAUUCCAGGAACAACUCCAGAAACAAAAGGAGGCUUACGAAGCCCAAAUCAAGAAAAUGGAUAUGGAGGCUAGAACGCGCCAAACAGCCCAGCCUCGAGAAGGACUCCCACCCCUCGAUGCGUCCGAGGUUGCUGUGGCACGAAAUGUCAUGGAAAAGUGGCAGCAGAAGAACUAUAUCUUGCUUGCGGAACAUGUUCUCCAAAACGCCGGUCUCCUCAAGGAAGCACAAGUCAUGAGCAGGCUUCUGGACCAGAACAUCAAUUUUCAGUUCGUGAUUUUAGAUGUCGGACAGGAACGCGCCUCUUCCUACGAUCUCAUCCUUUCUGAUAUCUCAAGUGAUGAUGACGACGCCCUGGCUAACGCGCGGAGGCCGUGCCUCGCGGCCAGAAUCAUUGAUCACCAGCAUAGCUGCGUCCACUACUGGUCCCUGGAGAAGCUGCGAACUCGAGUGGCCAAAAUGCGGCAAAUGCACCAGUACAAGGAUCAGCCAGAGUACCUCCAACACUUUCGCAUAGACAAUCCCUUCCGCGAUUCUGAUCAGCCAUUGUUUUCCUUGGUCGGGGAUGGAAAUAUUCCUCUCACAGCGGUCUUCGAAACUCGGGUGCAAGAUUUUGUCGUGGAUAUCAGUUCGCCAUCGACUCGGCAGAUUGUGGGAAGGGUCAGGAUGUCUUUGGAACCUUCACUGGCGGAGUCGCCCCCAUCCACGAUCAAGUUUAAUAUCAUCAUGAGGGAUCUCGUCGGGUUUCCGGAGCACGAAGGCACUCAAGUGCACGCACAAAUGAUGGUUUUGGGGACCUCCGAUGAGAGUACGGCGACUACACAACCCGUUCAAGGUUUCGGCGAUGGACCGGUCCGGUUUGAAAGCAUCCACAACCUGAGUGUGCCUCAAUCUGGGGAGAGAUCAGCAACGUUGAGGAUCGCCAUCUUUGCUCAAGUCAGUUCAACGCAUCUGGAUAAACUGAUAAGUUGGGAUGAGCUGCGGGAGAUGAAUGAGCAGUCUUCCGUACAGGAAGAAGGACAUCGCUUGCCCGAGUCCGAAUACAACGUGGAAGAGCAUCACGAUGUUUUUGCAAAAGUUCAAAUCCUCGAGCUGGCGGAAAACGGGCAAUAUCUGCCAGUGGAAGUGGUGCAAACCAGUGCCAACGACUCGGGGGCAUUCCAGUUGCACCAGGGCCUGCAGCGGCGGAUUCAGGUUACGAUGACUCACAGUCUAACAGAGGGCCUUCCAUGGGAUGACAUCAAAGGCUUUCGUGUAGGAGAAGUCCAUCUGAUAGAUUCUUCCGGGAGAAUUGCUGAUGUCGGAUCUAUCACGCCUGAUAUUCCCCUGAAACAGAUCCAGGAGCCCAUGAUCAAAGACAAUGCGGACGGCACAUCAAAUAUAACCAUCAUCGGACAAUGGGACAGCUCGCUUCACAAGUCUUUGUUGCUGGAUCGGACCACCCACGAGCAAUGCCGGGUGCAGAUUGCGCUUCGAUGGGAUGUGGUUUCCAGCCGCCUCGAACAGCCCAUGACAUUCUCAAUCGACCAGCAGCUGCAGAUCCUGCCCAGAUCCUACUCGCGUCCACAGCCAAUGUUCAAGUCGCUCUGGCAUCACACUAGGACUACGCAUUCCACUGAUGGCCUCUUUGCGAUCGUGGUGCGACCAGUCAGCGCCAGAAGAGCGGCGGAUCUCUGGCGGCUUGACACUUCGAAGAACUAUAUCAACGGCGAGGAGCUAUUAGGCAAUUGGAAGCCUCGUGGCAUCUCGCUGGUAAAAGACUACUUGGUUGCGCGUCGAAAGGCGCGACAGCUCCAAGACAUCGAAGCGGCAAAGGCGUCGCUCGGACUGCGGAGAAUGAGCGUGGGAAAGAGCCGUUCUCGAACCACAUCGCCUUCGACUAUUGGCCCGAGAGAAGAACAGCUCCUGCAAAAGUUCCUGGCUAUCUGGAGGAAACCGAGCGUGGACCUUUCCAGCAGUAUUUUCGAAGACAGCCCACGCGGCAAUGAGGCCAACGUAGGGCUCUCAGAGCGCGCCAUAUCACCUGGAGCCGCCGCGGCAGACGCGGCGCCCGCUCGCAAGACUCGAUACGUGGCGACCGUUGCCUACAGGGAGAAGAACCCAGUGUCGGCGAAGUCCGGGUAUCUGCUCAUGCCGUCCGAGACCCACGAUGCGGCGCAUAGCCAUACGAUGCAAUGGAAACGGCGGUUCGUGGAUCUCCGGCCUCCCUACCUGUACAUCCAUUCAGUGCCUGACGGGGAGAGUAUCAACGCGAUUAACCUGACUCGCGCCCGCAUCGACCAUGAUCCGGACUUCAAACGCCUGCUCGGGAGCGGAAGCUCGAUUUCCAGUGGAGAUCACGAGAGUGCUGGACGUGGCCAUAGGAGGACCGGCAGUGCGGAGCUGCAUGGACUCAUGCAUGUUUUCGCGGUGUACGGGGAACAAAACACGUUUCUGUUUGCGGCGAGGAGUGAAAGCCAGAAAGACGAGUGGAUCCUGAAAAUCGACCAGAGUUACGUUGACACGGAGGCUGCGGACGAGGCUCAGGAGUGA